AUUUCGAUAAGUGGCUGGAUGAUGACAAAAUUUGGAUAAAGAAAAAGUUCCUGUCCGUUGUUUCAGCGAAAUAUUUCAGCAUGGAUGAGUCAGAGGUUUUGACAACUCUAAAAAUUUUAAUUAUUGGAGAAAGUGGAGUGGGUAAAUCAAGCCUUUUACUGAGGUUCACAGAUGAUACUUUUGAUCCUGACCAAGCAGCCACAAUAGGUGUGGAUUUUAAAGUGAAAACACUGACCGUGGAUGGAAACAGAGCAAAGUUAGCUAUAUGGGACACAGCUGGUCAGGAGCGGUUCAGAACCCUCACACCUAGCUACUACAGAGGAGCACAGGGUGUUAUUUUGGUGUAUGAUGUCAGCAGUAAACAGUCCUUCCAGAAACUUGAUGCGUGGUUGAAUGAGCUGGAAACCUUCUCAACAAAACAUGACAUCAUUAAAAUGUUGGUGGGAAAUAAAAUUGACAAGGAUAAAAGGGAAGUAACCAAGGAAGACGGUCUGAAGUUUGCCAGAAAACACCACAUGUUGUUCAUUGAGGCCAGUGCUAAGACAAGGGAAGGUGUUCAGUGUGCGUUUGAAGAACUUGUAGAAAAGAUUAUACAGACACCAGGCUUGUGGGAGACAGACAGACAGGGCAUGACUUUAGGAAACGCAGGACGAUCUGCCAACCAAUCCUGUUCAGGAUACUGCUUCAUUUGAGGAGAUUCCCUAACCUUAGGUGACCUCUGUUUGACCUUUGGCCUGCAACCUUUUGACCUCUUGCUCUAGAUCUGCCCAGAUCUGUUUUUUUACAAAGAGUCUCCCAAAAGCUACGGGAAUAGGGGCCACUUUCACAAAGAUGUUAUACUUGUAUGAUAUCACACAUAUAGGACAACGGUAUGUAAAUAGUGACAUACAAAAUAUCGUACGACAAAUGUACGGCAAAAAAACUUCCUUCACCGCUUUGUGAAAGUGGCCCCUGAACAUUGGAAAUAUGAUUUGCACAUCCGCUGGAAUCAGGUACAAGCAUCAUGAUGUGAGAGAAAUAUGUCUUGAAGUGAAAGAAAUCAAAAACAGAAGUGAUUACGUGUAGACCACUAAAGACAACACACCGCAAGGCACCAUUACACUGUACUUUACCCUGACUCAGUUAUAGUCUGAUACAGUUCUGCUAAUGUUCUGUUGUGGGAUUUAUGGGUCAUAUUGAUAAUACUGAGGACCCAAAAGACAGGUACAUUUUGGAUAACAUUUUGAGUGGUCUUUCUACUGACUUAAUAUUUUGUUUUCUUUCACCGUCAUGGACCAUUCAAGACCACUAAACUGAAAGUUCAGUUCAGCUGAGGUCACUUGACUCAUCAUACUCACAUAUCUACAUAAGACAGAACCAGUAAGUCUUUGUAAAUGAUAAACGGUAAACGAAACAGUAUGUACUUUACAACAAAAUUGAGGAAAGGGAAGUGUUUUGGAUCAUUACAAAAAGAAGAAACCUUCAACAACAUAAAAUAAAGACCAAAACUUGACCAGAACAAAAACUGGAGACUUCCGCAGAUAAAUACACGUACCUAUAUGUAUCAGCUGAUAUGCAAUCCUAUUUUGUCACAUCUUGUUCUGUGCUUACAUUAUGUACAGCUAGAAAUGGGGUUGCUGUUUAUAAGUGAAAUAUUGUCAUACUGGCAUAGUGGAAAAGUGUGGCAAAGUAGGCACAAAAAUUGGGCUCCAACCUCUUCAAGCUGUGUCAGUGUUACUGAGUAACCCAUGCGUCCAACUCACAUGUGAUAGGCUUUCCUUUUACAGGACCCACUUUCACAAAACUUGGGACUUGUGGAUCGGAUUUCUCUGGAAGUUUUUGGUAGAUGAUCAUGUCUGCAGAUUAAAGCACCGUUUACUUGGAAAGUUGCAAAGUUUUGUUGAGGUGGGCCCACAUCUUUAGGGAUCUUCUCAUGCAAUCCUUUGUAUUUAUUGUGAACUUACACAUCUUAUGUCAUUUAGGUCCGUGGUUAGUAUAAGUAUAUAUUUGCAUGUAUGUAAAUAAAUUAGACAGUGUGUCAUAUUAAUUAAGCUACUGGUUUUAUGUAAUUAUUUUUUACAGAUAUCAGUUAAUGCAUUUGUAUAGUGUUGAUUGCUUACAUAAUCAUCUAGCCCAAAAUAGAUGUAGUUGGCUCACGGCAGUAAAUGAAAGUUUUGAUUUGAAAGAAUUUUGUAGGUGUGGCAAACCCAAAUAAGUAUGAUCGCUAUUGUAAAUAUCUGAAAAAAGUCCACAGCUUAAGUGGCCUGGAAAGAUAGACAGUAUGAAAUUAAAGCUUAGAGAGAGGUACGUGUAUGGGCUGGUGAGGGGUAAAGGUUUUUACUUGAGCCAGUAUGAAGUUUUCACUUCAUGGUCCAUUAUCAGAUUAACAUUUUUCUAGCUGAAGUCACAUGACCAAUCAUGGUUGCACACAUGGCCAGUAGCAAACGUCACAUACAUGUACCUUGAGACAAGUUAUGCACUGUAAUUCUUUGCCCUUUUCACAUAUUUGCAAGAUGUUUAUUGAAGCAUAUUUUGAAGGCAUUAUUCUCUGCAGAUGGGUAAAAAUCAUGCGUUUUUGUGAAGCCCAAACAAGCCAUUGUAGUUUUAUUUUCAAAAUCAAACUAAAAAUAUGUAGUGAAAGGUCCUCUUCGAUGUGGGAAAAGGUUGAAGAAUUAGGGCAGCUGUGUCCAUGAUCCUUUUAGGGUGACAGAGUGACCUGUAACGUAUCUUCUCGGCCUACGUUAGAACAGACACCCAGAGGGAAUUAUACGACCAGGAAUUAAUCACCAGUUGUAACCAAUGUAAAUAGUAUGUUGUAUAAAGAUUACUCUGUUUACAAAUAUAUAGGUGGAGACUUCAAGGGGGGUAGGGUAUAUAUAUCAAUAUAUAUAUAUAUAUACAUGUAUACAAUAAGAUAUACAUGUAAAACAUUACUGUGUAGCUUGGAUAUGUAUGUAUAGAUAUGUACGAGUACAUGUGCAGUAGCUUUUGUCACAUUUGCUUGAAGUGGAUCAGCACUUGGAAGCACAUUUGGUUCUGGUUUGUGCAGUAGUAUUUAGCUUAUUUUUGUGUGUUAUCUUCUGUCCUAAUGUUUUGACAUACUACACGUAAGGUACUUAUACUGAAUUUUAGGGCCUAUGUAUUUAUUUCCAGUUUGUGUUGUUACCAUUGUGUUUAAAAGGAUAACACAAAUGGGUAUUCUGAAUGACUAUGUUUGUGAUGAUCCCGCUUUAAUUUGUGUACGGCUUGUAUUAUGACACAAUGUGCUAGUUUUUUCAACAAAACCUGUUACUUUCGUACUGAAAAUGAUGCAUUGUUAAAACCAGUCCUCUGUGUUGAUUGACAGAUUGAAAUCUGAGAUCACUUACAUGCGUAAUGUUACGUGUAAGCAACCAGUAUAGUACUAGCGCAGCACAAUAACUCCGGAGCCUCUCACCAAUGUGGUGGCUGAGAGUUCUAGUCCAGCUCAUGCUGACUUCCUCUCCGGUCGUAUGUAGGAAUUUCAGCAUGUCCGCCCGGUUUCUUUUGACCACACAAUUGGCUGUCGUCUAUAAGUGCAAAAUUGAGUGCGAUGUAAAACACCAACCAACCACCAACCACUCAAUCAAUCAAUCAGUCAGUAAAUAGUGACAAGUAAGGACAUAACUUUGCCAUGAUAGUUAACUGCAUGUAACAUGACAAGGGCUUUGUGCAAGAACGCCCUAUUUUUGAACGUCUUUGUGCCGAUUUUUGAGAGAGCGAUGCAUUUUAGAGAUUUUUAGUUGUGAAAAUCCAAGUGAGGAUAAUUUAAACGUCUUGCCAUCUUCUAUAAACUUAAGUACAUGUACACUGCAUGCUGUGCCUCAUGUACACUACAUGCUGGAGUGUGCCUCGUACACUACAUGUUGGAGUGUGCCACAUGUACACUACAUGCUGGAGUGUGCCUCUUGUACACUAUAUGCUGGAGUGUGCCUCAUGUACACUACAUGUUGGAGUGUGCCUCAUGUACUCUACAUACUGGAGUGUAUGUACAUGAGGUACACGACAUGCUAGAGUGCACCUCGUGUACACAGGCUUGAGUGUGCCUCCUGUACACUACAUGCUGGAGUGUGCCUCAUGCACACUACAUGCUGGAGUGUGCCUCCUGUACACUACAUGCUGAAGUGUGCCUCAUGCACACUACAUGCUGGAGUGUACCUCCUGUACACUACAUGUUGGAGUG